AUGGACCCCGCGGCUGGCGUCUUUUCCCCGUUUCACAACGAGGCGGAGGGGAAGAAUGGCCUGCUGGAGUCUGCAGUGGAGGAGCUGGGGGCGACGGGGCACAGCGCCGACGCCUCAGCAGGCCAGCGUGAGGGUGGGAGAAAAAACAGUAAACCGAAGGACGAUGACGCAAGUCGCCGUGGUGCUCCCUGUGGUUGGUGCGGGCAGAAUUACACAACGGUGACGGUGCCGGCGGGUGGGCUGUAUUUGUGUGCUGUGUGCGCGGCGCAGCGUGAAGCUAAGCCACAGAUGAAUCCGUUCCCGCCCAACACAUUGAAGUGCUGCCCUGCAAGCGUGACGGAGGGGGAUAGUGGUGUCGUGCGUUGUUACGCGUGCCACGGCUGGUAUCACUUCGCAUGCCUUGAGAUUCAUGACAAGGCCCUGAAGGAGCACCUUUCGCUGUCAACGACAAAGUGGUACUGCCUGGAACCCUCCUGCUGCGAAAAGGUUCUCCAGGAGAAGCUCAGGCGUAGACGGUAG